UUCGAGGUCAACAUCAGCGCCCGAAUGAGUAUAAAAGAGCAGACGCCUCCAGAAGAAGACACACACGGUGACCCAAAAGGACUCGCCGUCACCAUUCCUCAUCUGGCCAACAUGAACGCCGUGCUCGCCUUAGUGAUCCUGGGAGCCGUGGCCACAGCCAGUGUCGCUGCGGUGCCCACCACAGCCAGCCCCUGCCAAGUGCAGCAGAAACAACAGCCUGUGGACGUAGGCAACAUCGGAGUGUUUGGUGUGAGUUUCGGUGUCAGAAGUUUCAGCCCAACUGUGAAUGUAAACAACACCAGCUACCUUCCGGGUGACACCUACUAUUCUGGGUAUGAACCCAGCACUCAAUAUUCUUCUGUCGGUGAACCCACCUCCAGAUAAUGCUCUUGAGGUGACUCCAUCAUCUACUGGGAAACUGUUGACCCCUCUGUGUAUGUUGUCUACCUGUACCUGUAUUACUCAGCUCCCAGACGUCCAAACAGAUUAUCAGCUCUACAACGUCUUCUGCAGCUAUGUGUCUGAACGGAUGUACAGUGUGCCUCAAUAAAAUCGCGCCAGAGCCACGAUAAUCAAA